UUGGUGUGAAAGACGUUUGGGGUCAGUGGAGGAAUUUCCUAAAGGCACAGUGUUCAACAAACCUGUUGUUGAAGAGUUGCCAGAGAACAGGGAGUCCUUGAAAAAAAGGGCAGGCAUUUUUAUUGUACACUCAAUAGCUUUUGAUGCCGAUACAAUGUACUAAAUGACGCUUGAGGGAAUUCAGCGCCAUCAUGCAUGUCGCAGUGUGCCUGGAUCGGUUUACGAUUAACGUGGCAUACAAUAGUCAAAUAAUGGUGACCAAACUCACUUACGCUCGCACCGCUUCCAGGAGAGACUGCGGAUCAAGGAGAACCGUUGUGACUUUCCCAUAGCCAUGGAAAGCAAGAGUGAACUUAACGCUGUGCCAUCGAUAGAAUAUGAACAUUCAGGUGAAGAGGCUCCGCGCGACAACGCCCAGCUCACGUCGUCUUUGGCCAAUCAGGACAAAGCAGACCAAGACAAUGACAACACCGACAAAAGCCCCAAGGAGAAACCCGCUCCAACCAAAUUCACCUUCAACCAGAAAGCCACAUUUGCCGGCGCUGUGCUGGCCUCACUGGCAAGUUCGAUGUCUUUUUCCAUCAUGGCCGUUUUCUUCCCCAUCGAGGCAAAGGCGAAAGGGAUGUCACAGACUUUAAUUGGACUGGUGUUCACCUCGUUCGCCUUCUCUUCAGGAAUUGGAUCAGUGAUCUGGGGCAAAAUUAUUCCUGUUCUUGGCGCUCGGUUUGUAUUUCUGGCAGGAGCGUUUGUCACAGGUGGAUGCAAUGUCUUGUUUGGAUUUCUUGCUGACAUGCCGACAAACGAAACUUUCACCGUGUUCAGCUUCGUUAUUCGGCUCUUGGAGGGGUUAGGCUCGUCGGCCACAUUUACUGCGUCAUCAGCCAUAGUGUCACUUUCUUUUCCUGACAACGUCGGCACGGCAGUGAGCUUGGUCGAGAUGACAUCAACGUUGUCAUAUGCAAUCGGACCAGCGAUUGGUGGUCUGCUUUAUGACGCUGGCGGCUUCAGGCUUCCGUUCUUUGUUCUGGGCGGGUUCGUUCUAGUAAUCGAUGGUGUCAAUUAUUUCGUGUUGCCUCAGCAGGGAACAAAGAAAAAGGAAUCUGGUCCAAUGGCUCGAGUUUUGAGCAUACCGGGCAUUUGGGUGUGCUGGCUGGCUGUUUUUGUGGCAGCAAUAGCCUCAGCAUCAAUCGACCCAACUGUGUCGAUUCAUUUGAAAGAGCUUGAUUUCACAGUGUUGCAGAUCAGCUUACUCUUUCUUGGUUUCGGUACGGUUGGCGGGAUUUUCGGCGUGGUUUGGGGAACUGUUGCAGACGCAAAGAAAGCCACACGAAUUAUGAUUGUCAUCGGAGCAUUUGCCAGCGCAGUUUUCUUCCUAUUACUCGGACCGUCGCCACUGCUGAACAUACCCUCCACCAAGCUGCUUGCUAUCCUGGUUUUCCUCACUGGCCCCGCAAUGACCAGUUUGGUCGUUGUGCCGACGUUCGUUGACAUGUUCGGCUCUGCAGCAUGGUAUGGUAUUCCUAUCGACAUCGGGUUGACGUCUGUACUAUCUGGCCUCUGGAUGGGUGGAUUUGCAUUCGGGUCUUUUGUAGGGCCCAUGGUCGGGAGUGCUCUGACGGAAGCCUAUGGAUUUGGUUACGCGACUACCUUCAUUGCUGGCCUCUUUGUCUUUGUCAUGAUCGUGGUGACUCUGUUUGGCGCGUGGGAGUAUCGCUGUGGCAAAGGGAGACGGGUCCCGAGAUCACGGCUUGAGAUGGAGGCUAACACAACUAACGAGGAACAGAAGCCACUUAUUUCAAGUGAUGUGUAAUGUGCGUUGCUGAAUACUUCCUUCAAGUCACCGGUUGCUGGUCCCAGAGGGUCCUGUGCAUCUUUUUCACUGAUUGAUUGACUGACUGACUUACAGACAAUUUCUGUCACUUGUGAAAUUAGACUUGCUUCAGCCUCCACCUUUACCAACAACUCGACUCGAAUUAAUGACUAAGUUAUAGGACCCUCAGACCAAAUUCGUCUGGGACCAGCUUUAAAAUCCUCCAAUGAGUGACAUUAAUAUUCAACGUAAAUACCGUUCACGUUAAAAGAAAUAGUUUUACCGGGUUUCUAGUAUAACUACGAAGUCCACUGUGCUUCUACUACUUCAGUUAUUCAUACAAACUAUCACUCCCUGUGGCAGUUUACCAAGCCUAGCCACGUACAAUCACCCGAUCUAAUUACUAUCCCCCUCACUAAGCCUGGGUCUGCAGGGACGUAGGAGGGUCAUUUCUGAAAUUUCACAAUUCUGGAAAAGGGCACUUGCACAUCCGUACUGAAAUGUUGACAGGUUUUUAUUCAGACACCUGGCAUCCAUUAAAUCAAAUAGUGUUUUUUUUUUUUUUUUUUUUUUUUUGGGGGGGGGGGCUCUUACCAUUUGUCGAUUGGGGCGCUAUUCCAAACCUAAAAUUAUAUACACACUACACUAAUAAUAUUUGGUGCUUUUCAGGGCUUUACAUGCGCAAAAUGCACAAAAUGGCACCCGUAACGGAAAGUGCUGGUGGAAAAAAGGGAUUUGAAUGGAAAAUGGAAGUGUUUUAUUAAAUACCCCCUUACCCACCGCUGGCUACGCCUACAGGUUGAAGACCAGCAUAUAACUGACUGCCUAUCAGUUUAAGUUAGAUGUCAGUGAUAAGUACUUCCACUUCUUGAAAUAAGGGGGAAAAAAUCCUGCAAUGUGUUUUAGAUACCCAUCAAAUUAAAGCUGAUUUCAUCACAUUUUUUUCUGCUCGUGGUUAAUCUCAUGAAUUUUAGGAGAAAUUCAAUCCAAAGAUGAUCAACCCUAAAAGAAGUAGUGCAGCCCGUUGCUAUUAAACACAAUGAUGCCUAUUUACUCUCCAUUGCAAAAUAGAACAAGUUUAUUGCCACUUUCAGCCAAGUUUCACAGAAAUGCAACAUCGUAAUCCUAAUGAAGGCUUCCAUUCUGUUUUGUUUUGCGUUGUUUUUUUGUGUCUUGGGUAUUUUUGUGUGUGCGUGUGUGUGUGUUAUUUUUUUUUACAUGCCCUUGAGUAUAUGGCAAACAAAAUGCUCUAAUAGCACAAAUGUUGAGAUGCAUACAAAUUGUGACUGGCUGGCGUAGGCAAAGUUUGGCCUAUUUAUGGUCUGCACACCCAGUUAAAACAUACAUGUAUAGGGUUACAGCUCAGAUGCCAAGACUGCAUCAUUCAACAUUUCACAAACCUAUACAGCCCAUAAGUUGCCUUUGGAAUGCUAACAAGCCUUGCAAGCCGCGAUAGAUAUGACCUUAUGAGGCUCUGGCCAGGCUAGGUGAAUAAACUUUGGGAUUACAAUGACCCAUCAGAUGUUACAUGUCCCUGAUCUCUAUGAUGCGAUAGCUAUUAUAGUAGAGAUCAGUGGUUUGUACACAUCAGGGUGGUAAAUGCCACAUUAAUAUGCACUGUUUUUAAGAAAGUGACUGCGCAGAGGAAGUGAUCUAUCCCCUAUUGAAUUCAGUGACGGUACGUUCUUAAAAGUCAUGGACGUUAUGAGGUCAAGUUGUGUGCAAGGGUGAAGGAACAUUUAAAUGUUAAUUAGUUUGGAUCAAAUGGAGCCAGCGACCCUCACGAUGACUUGUCUAAUCUUGUUUUCAGAGGUUCUUGGUCCAAAUAGAUGCGUACACCACUUAAUAUUUGUAGGCUCUACAUCUUGAAAAUUACUUAGUUAAACAUAUUAAAACAAAAUUUCUAUUACGACACAAGCUAUUUUUGUAUUUUUUUUAAUUAAGGGCUAGCUUUAUCACCUUUUCCAGCCCAAUUUAAUAUGUUUUUUAUCAUAGACUUAUCAUGACAACUAAAGUAGAACCUAAUAUUUGUGCUAAAAUAUAUUCAAUUUAUUUCUUUGUCGGGGUUAAGUCUAUGUGUAUAUUGGCGUUUAGAAAUUAUAUUUUAUUAUUACUUAUAUCAAUGAAAGGUAACUGUGCUUAAUGCGAGUUUCCCAAUGUUAUGACAUCUCUUUUACAGGACAUUCAUUGUUUUAUUUUUUUUUAUAAUGAAGAAUCCCAGCAACUCUAAGAAGUGAGGAUGUUUUUACAUGCACUUGUAUCUAUACUGCACCUGCACAACUGCACAACUUGAGUCACCUCGACUUCUCCUUGGACCCACAACACUGUAUUGUUGGGAGUCUAAAUAUCAAGCAUCGAGCAUUGAUAGACGGGUGUUUAGGUAAUAACACUCACAUUAAAGAAGUGUGCGUCAUUCAUAACGUAAGCUCUGCAGAAAGAAAAAAAAACACACUGGAUUGAAUCGAGAUAUAUUAGUAUCAUAGUUUUUUUUAAAGGAUUCACCAUCGACUGGUUCAGGUGGUUUGAGUCUCAAGGUAGUGGAAGUAUGCCGUUCCUGUUUAUUGGACCACACUGUAUAGCAUAUCACACAUGACAUUGAGAUGUUGGUGAAUUGUUUUCGUUUUGCUGAAAGAACGCACGUUUUCUUUGUGAUCACGGAGAGAACUUCAAAAAGGUGUUGUGUUUAAAAUAAUGUACUUGAGUGUUUUGAAUUAUUUUUGUAAUAAAAGUAAGCGUAUUAAUUUGGGUUCCGUAUCCUCAAUUUUUAAAAUUGCUACGUGCACAACUGUAUACUAAAACAAUAGUUGCGACAUUUGGGUUUCAUUUUUGUUUUUACUCAUCCUGUGUUGUAUAUCGAUUAGAUAUAGACUAAAUAUGUGCAUACAUGUAUUUAGCAUAAUGUAUAUCCAAUGCAUAGCUUGUGUAAGUUUUUAACAGCGAUAAUCGCAUCGGUUAAGUAUAGCCAGAAAUAUGAUUUUCAGAGCUUUACUGAAGGAUAUUAUUGUACCUACUAACCUGGAAUAAAUUGAUUCCGUUUUUGUUUAACAAACUGAUGUUCCUUAGUACUUCAGUAGUUUAGCAAAAAUGCGAGUAAGAGUGGUAAUGCAUGGCAUUAAAGGAUUAUUACAUCCUGAAAUAACCGAAA